AUGUCUGAUUUGCCAAGAUUUGUGGUUAUCAAAUCUAAGCACAAUGGAAAGUACUUGACAAAGAUAAGCAAGGAAGAGAGCAUCACAAAAGGGUUCUCAGAAACGUAUGUGAAUUUUCGAGGAGAGGACGUUACGAGUCCUUUGGUGAAAUUCGAAUUGGAAAGAGCCAAGACAAAACCGGGAUGGGUUCACAUACGUUAUUGCUACAACAACAAAUACUUGACCAUGCAAUCCAAUUAUUCCUGGUAUUUCUUGGCCUCGGCUGACCAGCCCCUUGAGGAAGACGAAACAGAUUGGAAAAAUACCUUGUUCAAGCCUAUCAAAUUUGAUAUUGGUGGAGAAGAAUAUUUCCGAUUUCAACACGUCACCAAACGUUAUGCUUGUCUUUCCAAGUGGGAAAAGUCUUACGAGGAUGGUCUUUAUGCGGGCGACACCCAGGUUGAUGGUUUCGAUACUUUCAAAAUCUUGGAUUGGGAAUCUCUUGUCAUAUUUCCCAAAAAUACUGUCGCCUUCAAGUCGCAUAGCGGCGUAGGCUGGUAUGUCACCAACAAACAAGACCAGUUUAUGAGGGAGCUCAAGGACGUUGAUAUCGUCGAUCAAUCAGUAGCUCAUGAGAUCUCCACCAUCGGCGAUGGUUAUGUUCGCAUAAGAAACCUUUCAACCAAGUUGUUCUGGAGGUGCACUGCCACGUACAUCAUAGCGGACUCUAAUAACUCUGCCGACAAGUAUUCGAUAUUCCUUCCCAUCAAAGUCGCUGACAACAUCGUGGUAUUGCGCCAAAUGGGUGAUAACACGUUCCUUUGGGUGGAAAAUUCUGGUCAUUCAAGAACAGCUCUUUAUGCUAAUGAGACUAACAUUAUCGAUAAAACCAAGUUCAUGGUGGUGGAGAGCGUCACGUCUAAGAAAAUCUACAACAUCAAUUUCCGCCACGAGGAGGGCCGAAUUUAUAACCUCAAUGUCAUUGAGAAGAGCCAGGCAGUGGCAGACAACCCCGAGGAUGUUCAUAGAGCUAUGAAAUUGACUUUUGAGUACAAUAAAACAAGAUCAAUUGCUCUUCGCAACAGUAUUUCGCUAGUUUCAGAUGUUAAACCAACCGUUGAAAUCUAUUCAAUUCCGCUGAUAGUCAAUAAGGACAAGAUUGAAUUGUCGCGUGAUCAGAUUACUGCUGUAGGGCAAUGGGGAAGAGCCACAACUUUCGAAACCUCAACUAAGACUAACUACGUUGUUGGAGUGCCUCCUCAGACUAGAGCAAUAAUUACUCUUGUAGUGACAGAGGGAACUUGCGAAGUUCCAUUCUCUUAUGCUCAAAAGGACAGUUUCUACGACGGAACCUCCAAAAUCACGGAGAUGGAAGAUGGGAUGUAUACCGGAGUCAAUGUUUUCAACAUGGAGAUUAAGACAACCUAUGAAACACUGCCUUAA